UGUGACAGGGACCGUGAGAGCAACAGGCCCGGCACGAGCCCCCGCCCCCCGCACACGGGCCUCGCCGCCUCUGGCUUCGCUCCCCGCCCGCCGGCACCAUGAAGUGGAUGUUCAAGGAGGACCACGCGCUGGAGCACAGAUGUGUCGAGUCCGCAAAAAUCCGAGCCAAAUACCCCGAUCGUGUCCCGGUCAUAGUGGAGAAGGUCUCAGGAUCUCAGAUUGUUGAUAUUGACAAGAGGAAGUACUUAGUUCCGUCGGACAUCACCGUGGCCCAGUUCAUGUGGAUCAUCAGGAAGAGGAUUCAACUGCCAUCUGAGAAGGCAAUAUUCCUCUUUGUAGACAAGACUGUCCCACAAUCGAGCUUAACUAUGGGACAACUUUAUGAGAAGGAAAAGGAUGAGGAUGGAUUCUUGUAUGUUGCCUACAGUGGAGAGAACACAUUUGGUUUCUGAAUGGUGGGGCUUGGCUAUUGUACCAUCCUGCUGUGUAUCUUGUAAAUAGCUGAUCAUUUUCUGUUCUGCCAUCCUCAGAAGUUCCUUCUAUAUUACAUGCAUUUGUAACUGGAUUUAUUUCUUAAUAUAUUGCUAGGUCUUGUUUUAUUAGACUGUUAAAUUAUAAAAAGAAAGUUUUGUUGGUUUUGUGCAUUUUUUUCUCAUGGCUAUGAAUUCCCAGAGCCUCAGUUCUUUGGGGGGGAUACAUUUGAUGACAUUGAUUAAACAAUAAAGCAAAGUAGUUGGGCAACUAAAACUAGAAGAGAAGAACACACAUUUAUUCUGUUUUGAGAUGUCAGUUUAAGAAAAAUAAAAACAGUAAGUUAGUAUUGGGAACACUGGAUUUGCUAGCUUAUCCAAAGCCAGGAGCAAGAUGCUGAUCGUGUUGAAUUGAGCUAGUAGGUUCCUCUAUCUCAAUUAACAAACAAGUACAAUAAAAAUUCCUGUCACAAACAGGCAGUGCUGUCAUUUCUUUACCUCCAUUUUCACCAGAAAGUUACUCAUCACAUUUACUAGAUGCUACACAGCUGUUUCUUUACUUACUAGACAUUGUAUAGCUUCUCAAACUUUAGUGUGUGGCUGAUGAGACCCCAAAGAAAGAGUUCUUUGUAGGUUUCAAAUCCAAUAGCUUCAGAGCUACAGUAUCUCACAGCUACUUCUUUUUUACAGACAAAGAGGCAAACCCUUGGAUUGUGUGGGAGAGGGUGGAAAAACCAGCUAAUUGACCUAAUUGCACAGUGCUGGAUAUGACACUCUGAUAUUAAACGAUAAUGCUGGGUUGAAGAAGUAGCAUCACUUUCAUCUUCCUAGGCCAGCAAGGAAAAACUAAAUAGUGUUAACUUAGAUUCCUAUUAAAAGUUUUAAUUCAUUUUCACACUAUGUGGUGCCUAAGAAUCUAGUUUUUAAAAUGCUUCUAGUUACAGUGGAAAUUUGCCACUUUCCAAGCGUAAAUCAAAUUAACUCAAAUCCCCAUGAAAAUACAUUAUGCCUAGAAUUGUUUAGCUCUGCAGUCAAUCACAAGUAUUGGCAAAAGGACUCCAAAAUGUAAAUGUAGGAGCCUGUGAAAUGUUGACACUAACCUAUUACUGAGGCUUGUCACAGUAACUGUGAUGCAUGUGCUUACUGCAUCUGAAAAUGUGCUAUUGAUCUCAGUAAGCCUUUCAUUAUUCAGAAUAGCACCGCAUUGUAAACCACUGCUUUAGGAAACAUUCUGUCAGUGCUUCCAUCCUGAAUUACUUCUGACCCCCUUUUCACACAUUAAUGUUUACUCUUAACAGAAUUUUUGAUUCAGAAUGAAGAAGGUGGUUUCACCUGUCAUUUUUUAAGUUACCUUUUAUUACUGGAAAAUGUCCUGCUUCUUUUAUGCUGAAAUGUUACAGUUUUUCUACAGUUAUCAAGUAAUAUUUUUUCUUAGCUGUUCACAGAGGAGUAAGAAACACUUAAAAAUGCUAGAAAAAGUUAAUUACAUGCUAACAGAUGUAUCUAAAAGCAAGGAAAUAUGUUAAGAUUGAGGUAACUUAUGGAUUACCCUUCAUAAGCCCCUAAAACCCCCACAUAACUGCUCUCUUUAACAUCUCUGUAUUUAUUAGUUCAGAUUUAGGACCCAGACAUGCAAGUAGUUCCAGAGAACAUAAGGAUAAAUACUCUAUAGCAGUAACUUCACUUUUCAUCUGCAGGUACACUUAAAAUGGCAAUAAAACAUCAAGAAGUUUCCUUUUGAAAUGCAUCAGUGAAAUGCAUCCCUUUGGAUAGUUCAUUCCUGUAAAAUUAGAUAAAGCCUUUGAUCCCAUAUGAUCUUCAUUUUCUGUUAACCCUUCAAUUUAUGCACUGAACAAGAAAUGAAGAAAUAUCUCACUGUUCCUACAGCAACAUCUCUAUGUCACUUAUCUUUAAGCUAAAUUGAAAUGUCAUCUCCAAUAUAACUAAACCAGUACUGGACGAAUUUAGUAUUCAGUAAAUAUUUAGUAUUCAGGCCAAAUUUAGACCAAUUAGAUGGUCUUUCCUCAAAAAUUAUCUUGCUUCUACAUAUGUAUAUGUUAAUUGUAUUAUGUACCUAUCAUUGCUACAGCCCUCUUAUGACAUUAUCAGAUAGUCUGAGAGAGAACUCCAACACCUUUCUUUUCCUCCUUGCCAACAGAAUUCUCCUGCCCUUAGCAGCACAACCCUAGCUCUUCCUUUCCUCUAGUGCUUAAUGGAUUUAUUGCAGAGGUCUUUUAACUCCUAGUGAAAGGAUACAUCUUGUUUUGGGCUCACGGUUUGUUUUUCUAUAAAUACAGUAAAUAGUCUUUGAUUUAUUCGGAAUGUACUGAGAUCAGUAAGCCUUCCAGCCUGUGUUAACGUGAGCAGUGGAAGCACACUGUGAAGAUCAAAACCUUGCCUUUCCAAAGACAGGGGGAUGCUAGCAUCUGGUCUCAUGGAACUGCAGCCUCAAACAGAUUGAUGACUCCUACCCUUGGACAAAACCACUUGCUUCUAUGUCCUGGUCUUGACUUCGUUAAAAGAUAAGCAGGCAGUCUGUCCUGCCUUCUUACUAUGAUUAAAAACAGAAUGAAGUCUGUAACAGUGACACUGCUAAAGACAUCCACUCAAUGAUUACAGUUUCUUUGUCCUGGCAAUUAGGAGCCAUUGGUCCCCAAAAAAGUUUGGGAUAGGCAAGGACCUAUCUGGAUAAUAUAGAUGUGCUCAUUUUACACAUACGGUGGGAAUCUUGAUGCCCUCCUAUGCUCUGCUGCUCCCACUGCCAAUUGUUUGCUUGUCCUCAUUUAACAUGCACUGUGGGCACUUCAUUCCUUCUACUUCUGUCCCUGCUAACUCUGCUCUCCUGUGGCAGUCUCUGCAUUGUACUGUCCUCACCCUGCCUUGCCUAUCUGUUUUUCGGGGUGUCAGCUAUCUCAGCGCAAAGGAGUGAUACAGGCUUGGAACAUGUCAACUGUUACUUUCCAGAAGCAAUUCUUCCAAAGGCCUGUUGACAAUGAUCCAAGUUUAGUCUGCUACCUUUUACAAAGGCAGAGACUGUUCUUUCCUAUCUCUGCAUUCUUCCCAUCUGAUUUUUAGAGCAGUUUCAUGGUAUUGCCAACAGCAUUUCCUGACAUUUUGGAAUGAAACAGAUGCAGCUUUUAGAUACUGAUUUUCCAUCACAGAAAUGCCAUCAGUUGAGGAUGAGAUCCCACAGGCUUAGCCCCUCAGCCUUUUAAAUGCUAUUCUGUUUCAGCUCCUUCCCUCUCCGCAUAUUUACUGACUUGCUCUAGGCUUAAAUAUGUCCUCAAUUCCAUCCCAAAAGUGAAGUUAGCACCAGUGUUCAGCACCUCAAAAACUACUUUUAAACCUGACAAGUAACAGAAAAGCAGCAGUCUAGUGUUCACAAGUAUUUUAGAAAUGCACAAAAAAUCUUACAAGAAACAAUCCUAACAGUCAGGCUCAAACUUUAGAAAAGAGUUAAAAGAAUUUAAACCAUAUAACUACUUAUCUGAAAACUGAUGCAAGACUAUAGAACUAGUCUUGUGUAAUCCAUUUUAAUAUCACAGCUGGAUAGGAAAUGGGAACAUUCCAGUCUGGUCAGCAGGUUUGCUGCAGGCAUUGUUGAUUAACUAUGGGAAACUAGGUAUGGUAAGUUAAUAGUUUCUGCAAGAUUUCAGUGAAGAACAAAGGUAAAUUUCAGGAACCUGGAAAUCUACUGAUAGCUCUUUAGGUACACUAUAGAACUCUGCCCUUGGAAUGCUACUUGCUCAAUUACAGGAACAGCUACCAUUUAUCUUCAGCAGUUUACCCUGUAGCCCAUGUGCAAUGGCAUCUGGUAAUUUUUUUCCUCUGAUGACUACUGCAAGUCCCUAAUCUCCAUAAUCCCUUGCCCUCUACAGACACAAACUUACUUCCCCCUCAACCAGUACAACUGGUCUUUCUGCAUGUUAGUGCUGGAUUUGAGUGAAUGGGCAUAUAUGCACACAAUUAAAGUUGUUGUUUCUUCAAGAAGAGAACUAUUCUUACUUGACAAGUCAACCUAAGUGCAAAGUAAAAAGGAUUUGGUGCUAUCAAUUCUCAGACUGUAAUGUAAUGUAUGCUGUUUGGUCCCAUAAGUAGCUCAGUAGGUUGACAGCAAAGGCUGUUUGGAGAGCUGCUGUGCCCAUUUUCCAGAUCCAAAACGAUAGGGUACCAAAGAACAAAAAAAAAAUUCAAAUCACUAAAGAAUUUUCAAGUUCUAAAUUAUCCACUUCUUUCAUCCAGCCAUUGCUUUGUCCAAGUAUUUUAUGAAUUGUGGUUUACAACAGAAAAAUACAAAAGGAGAAUGUUCUCAGUAGCAGUUGAAAUUGCUCACAAAAGGCAGUAACUGGGACAGAAGAUUUAAGGAGGGUUACACACUGCUUCCCCCACAACUGCUCACAAUGUUGACUGUCUUGCCAUGCAGAUGUUAACAGGUAAUAAAGCAUAAUGACAAGACACUAGAAGAGACAAGCCAGAGACUACUUUCAAUACUCCCCAAAGCAUCUCCACUUUUGCCAGGCUAUUAAUGAACACAAUGAACACAAGUGACAUAAAUGGCUGAGGCAUUUCUGCUUUUAAUUGACCAUUUUCCACAGGGGGGUGCGGAGAUGGACACUGAAAAACAGGUAAACGUUUGCCUGUAAUUGCACAGGAUUGGCCAAUUUGAACCAAAUCGUUCAGGAGUUUUCUUUCCUGCCUACAGAAGCAAAGCAGUUUAAAGGUUAUCUGGCAACGUCCUGAAAUUGAGAUGCACAGGAUAUCAUAAGUGGUAUUAUUUGACACACACUCCCUCCAGUGCUUUUGCUUCUACUGUGGUGAUAUCUGUGGCUAUGUUUAGUAAAUAGCAGCAUACAUGAAGAAUUCCCAGAAAAAAAAAAAAACACUUUACAGAACUAGUUUUUCCAGUUAGAAGCAAAGGGGCUGGGGAA